AUGGAAGGUAACAAGGACGAAGCACUGCGCUGCGUUCGAAUUGCCGAGGAGGCAAUUGCGUCGGGGAACAAAGACCGCGCCCUCAAAUUUCUCAAAAUCGCUCAGCGCCUCAACAGCGAUUUGCCGAUUCAAUCAAUGCUCCACAGAUGCGAGAGCCUCGAUUCUCACUCCCCCUCCGCCGUUCCCGUGGCGGCCACCGGUCCUUCUCCGCGCCGCGAAGGUUUGAACGGGGAGAGGAGUCACGCGAAUUACACGGUGGAGAACGUUCAGUUGAUUAGGGAAAUCAAAGGAAAGAGCGACUACUACGCGAUUCUUGGAUUGGAGAAGAGUUGCUCCGUCGAGGAGAUUAGGAAAGCGUAUCGGAAGCUCUCGCUCAAGGUUCAUCCCGAUAAGAACAAAGCGCCAGGCUCCGAAGACGCUUUCAAGAAGGUCUCGAUGGCUUUCAAGUGUUUGAGCGACGACGGUUCUAGAAGGAUGUACGACCAGACCGGAAGCGUCGACGAUUGUGACCACAGAGAGGUGAACACUUUCCGACGGAGGAGAAGAAGGACGACGGCGGGAACCACGGCGCGCGAUUUCUUCGAAGACGAGUUCGAUCCCGACGAGAUAUUUAGGACGUUCUUCGGACACUCUGAUGUGUUUGGGAGGAACCACGUUUUUAGGACCCGCGGCAUGGGCAAUCACCACAGGCCUGAGGUUAAUGCUGGAUCGGGAGGGAGGCAUCACAAUGUUAUGCUUCUGAUUCAGCUUUUGCCGUUUUUGAUCAUUGUGCUGCUCGCGUACUUGCCGUUUUCUGAGCCUGAAUAUUCCUUGCACAAGCACUACAGCUACCAGAUUCAGAAAACAACUGAGCUGCAUGGGGUGAAGUUCUUCGUGAAAUCGCCAGCGUUUGAUGCAAAUUAUCCGGUGGGGAGUGAUGCUCGUGUGGCAGUUGAGGAGAGUGUGAUAAAGGAUUACAGGAGUAUGCUUCGGAGGUACUGUCAAAUGGAGAUGCAGAGACGGAGUUGGAAUAGGAAUUUGCCUACUCCUCACUGUGAUAAGCUGCAGAAAUUCUCAGUCACGGCAUGA